AUGCCGUCGCGCACCCUCCCUACGAUUCCCCUAGACGAAGUCCGCUCACACAAUACAAAAGACUCGUGUUAUGUGACAAUAGGCGAACAUGUAUACGAUGUGACCUCCUUCAUCGAGGAUCACCCAGGCGGCGGCGAAUUGAUCCUCGAGUACGCCGGCAAGGAUGUCCAAGAGAUCAUGAAGGACGAGAUAUCACACGCCCACACGGAAGCCGCCUACGAGAUCCUCGACGACUGCCUCGUCGGCUUCACAGCGACCGAGCCCGUCCUCAACGCCGCAACCAAAUCCACCUCCCCAUCAUCAGUCGUCCCCCUCCCACCCACAGCCAACGGCGCCAACACUCUCCGCGCGGAAGGCGUCGAUACCACCACCCUCCCCACCCGACCCGUCUACGCCUCAACCGGCCUCUCCUCCGCCGAAGACCUCUCCAAAGACACCGACGCCACUACCGACUACACCCAACACAAAUUCCUCGACCUCAACAAACCCCUCUUCAUGCAAAUGGUCCGCAGCAAAUUCAGCAAAGAGUUCUACCUCGAACAA